AUGGGUGAGAAGUACCAAAAGUUCACCUUCCCAGCAUCGGGCAAGAAGGAUACCGGCUUCGAACACUUGGAAAAUGUCAACUCAGCAGAGCCAGUAAAACUUUCAAAGAGAGCAAAAGCAAAAAGGCAUCUCAAGCGCUUCUGGUUCUGUUACUUUCUCGGUGGUAUCAUCUUCUUGGCCAUUUUCUUGCCCUUGUUCUUUCUCAAGAUUAUCCCAGCAAUAGCGCAAGCCAUUGUUAACAACACCGACUUGCCCAUUUACAAUGGCUCAAUCAAGGCCAUCUCGAACGAUCAAGUUCUCAUUGGGCUGCAGACAGCGUUGGACGUUCCCGCAGGACUCACCGUAAAGUUGGACGGUUUCGAACUCUAUCUUUACAAUUCCGAUACACAAGGCGGGAUCAGUCCAUACACUUCUGUGGAUCUUCCUGGGCAGAGCGUCAAUGGGCACACGGUGAUCCAGAUUGCGAACCAGACUGUCAAUAUCGGAAACCGGACCGAGCUAAACAAGUGGCUGACCAAAACCGUCUACAACAAAACCACAGACAUAAGCGUCACUGCCGACACUACAGCCCACCUGGGUGCGAUCAAGGCGGCAAUCCACUUACAAAAGACCGUCAGGAUCGACGCCCUCAACAAACUAGACGGUGUCAAGCUGGAAUCUGUGCGUGUCGUUUUACCUCCCGAGGACGAUGGAACAAACCUCAUUGGCAACUUUACCCUGCCCAACUGGUCGCCGUUGACCAUGGGUCUGGGUAACCUGACCUUUAACGCCUGGGCCGGCGACACCAUCAUUGGCAACGUGACUAUCCUCAACGUGGAACUGCCUCCGGGCAACAGCACGCGAUCCUUCCGCGGCCAAAUCUUUAUCGACACACUCAUUCAGAAUCUCGGCAAGAUCAUCAGCAGCCAAGCCAGCGCCAUUACUACGGGCAACAUCCUCGUCGGCAUCAGCGGCAACAGCAGCACCGUCGACGGCGAGCACAUUAGCUACCUCGAGGACGUGCUCAACAAUAUCCGCAUCGACACCGAGGUCCCCAUCAUCCAGGCGCUCGGUGACCUGCUCGACAGCGUCUCGGGUGAGGAUCCCACGCUGGACCUGAGCGGCAUCGUUGGCUUGCUCGGGCAGCUGUUGGGAAGCGAUGGACCCUUGUCAGGCAUAUUGGAUGGGCUGAACUUGACGCAGAUUAUCAGCACGAGGGAACUUGGCAGGUCGGACAAGGAGAUCUUGAAGUCUCUCAAAGGUCCGCUUUUAAUGUCGUUGGCCAAGAAGCACUUCUGA